AAACACGGAAGCGUGAUACGUGGGACCUAUGCGUGGGACGCUGGUGAGGUGGGCGAUUCCAGUCAAAUCUACUGAAACCGCAAGCUACAGCGCAACACCUGCACGUAUUUGUAAUUUACGAAUCUACACAGCGUGACAACAUACAGAAAACUCCAUUGCAUUAACAAAAAUAUAUUUUGCUAGAUAAUGUGCAUGAGGUGCAAUGUGUGAGACUGCUGUUACAGUUGAGUGUGAAAAUUCAAAAUGGCAGAGAUGGAGGACGGUGAAGGGGUGGUUGCCACAGAGCGCUAUGGCUCACAGGAGUCAUGGAGAUACUUCCUGAAGGAUGGGAGGAUGAAGAGACAGAGGGAUGCGGUGGGCGGCAGACUGGCGAGAAAUUCAGUCUCUGGCGUGUUUCAAAGUGUCUUCCUGCCACAGGGCUAUCCUGAGAGUGUCAGCGAGGAUUACCUUCAGUAUCAGCUCUGGGACACUGUGCAGGCAUUUUCCAGCUCUCUGUCUGGCACACUUGCCACUCAGGCUUCACUGAGGGGUGUUGGGGUUGGAAAUCAAGAAGCAACAGUUGCAGCAGCUACAAUAACAUGGUUGCUUAGGGAUGGAACUGGGAUGCUGGGAAGGAUACUUUUUGCUUGGCUCAAAGGGAGCAAGUUAGAUUCUGAAGCCAAAAAAUGGAGGCUCUUCGCUGACAUUCUUAAUGACGUGGCGAUGUUCAUGGAGAUUGCAGCCCCUCAUUUCCCUCCGUUUUUCACUCUAAUCGUCUGCAUUGCUGGGAUAUUUAAGUCCAUUGUAGGAGUCGCUGGUGGAGCAACAAGAGCUGCCUUAACUGUCCAUCAAGCUCGCAGAAACAACAUGGCUGAUAUCUCCGCCAAAGAUGGGAGCCAGGAAACCCUGGUGAACCUGGCAGGACUGCUGGUCAGCCUGGCACUCAUCCCGCUCGUAACAGAUAACCCAUUGCUGACGUUCAUCCUGUUCUUCCUGUUCACUGUUCUCCACCUGUUUGCCAAUUACAAAGCUGUUCGUUCUGUUGUUAUGGAAACGCUUAACGAGGCUCGCUUGUCCAUAGUCCUUCAUCGGUACCUGCUUGAUGGUCAACUGCUCAGUCCAGCGGAGGCCAAUCAGAAGGAGCCUGUGUUCUUGUCGCUCAGAAGGACAGUUCCCAUAAAGUUGGGUGUGAGGCUUGGAGACAUUGUUCAAGAGCCAGGAGAACUGCAGCUGGCGCUGAAGAACAACAGCAAACCGUAUCUCAUUGGAAUCAAAAAUGGUACUGUGUGUGUGUGUCUGGGAAGCGAUGCUUCAGUGCGUGAUGAAAUCAUGGCAGCAUGUCAGGCCUUGUGUCUUCGUGCUGUGCUGCACGAUCAUUCCUCUCUGAGCGGUGCGCUCAAGCAGCUCUCAAACACUAAGGACCCAUGGGAGCUGGUGUCACAGAGUCAUAAGAUGGUUAAUCAGAUUUUCCAGACAUUCCUAAAAGAACUGGAUCAAGCAAAGUGGCACACAGACCAGACACUACUGGACUGGAACGAGUGGCGUGUGGAAUGGAGCAAAAAGAGAAGCUGAAGAAAAUUUAGCAAGAACUAGAGGAUGGAUGUUUUGGUUUCGACUGAUAUUCACUUUGAAACAUCUGUCAGUUUUAAAAGAUUUGAAGAGCUGAAAGUUUGCAGAUGUAUGCAAGUGUCUUAAAUAUACCAUACAAAUAAAAACAAAGAGGAGCGAAUCAUGUAUUCCUAUACUCUAGAGGGUUAUGCUUCUCUUUAAAAUUUUGGGGUCAGUAGUUUUUUAGUGACUAACUGCAUUCAACAGUGAUAAGAAAAGCUUCUCAAGUGAUUUCUGAAGGAUCAUGUAAUGCUGAAGACUGGAGUGAUGGCUGCUGAAAAUUCGGCUUUGCCAUCACAGGAAUAAAUUACAUUUAGAUUAUAUUUAAACAGAAAAUUGUUAUAAUUUCACACUAUUACUGUUUUACUGUAUUUUUGAUCAAAUAAAUGCAGCCUUGGUAAAAACAAGAGACUGCUUUCAAAAACAUUUUAAAAUAUCUUACCAACCCUGAACGUUGAAACAGAAGUGUAUGUGUUUUUGUACAUGUUUUAAUAAUAAAAAAAGCCACACAAAUGAAUAAAAGAACAC